UAUUUUACACACACCGAUCUGUACAUCAGUUUCCAAAGGCAUCAAGAGAAAGAAGAGCAGGCAGUAUGAAUACUUUGAUAACCGUUCUGGUAGUGUCUUUUUCCUUUGCUAAUGCUGUACCCAAAUUUGGCGGCGGUAGAGGAGUAAGUGGUUCAAUCAGUGGGUCACUUGAUGGGUCUAUUGGUGGAAAUGUGGGAAGUGGCUUCGGAGGUGGAAUUGGUGGCAGUGGGGUUUCUAGUUCUCUCAGUGGUGCUCUAAGUGGAAACUUGGGCGGUGGCAUUGGAAGUGGAAUUGGCGGCAUUGGAUUAUCUAAUUCUCUCAACGCUGCUCUAAGUGGAAAUUUGGGAGGUAGUCUAGGAGGUGGGCUUGGUGGCAGUGGACUAUCUAGUUCUCUCAACGCUGCUUUAAGUGGAAAUUUGGGAGGUAGUCUAGGAGGCGGUAUUGGCGGCAGUGGCAUAUCAGGUUCUCUUGCUGGUGCUCUAAGUGGAAAUUUGGGAGGUGGAAUUGGUGGUGCUGGUGUCGGCGGAACCAUCUCCAUUAGCAUUAGUGCCUACCUUAGAUUGAUGUACUAUAUCUCUGCUCUACAACAAGCUGUCACUGCCAAUACCAUAAGAGCAAGAAUCAGUGGUGGAAUCAGUGGUGGAAUCAGUGGUGGAAUUGGUGGUGGAGUAGGAAGUGGAAUCAGUGGUGGAAUCAGUGGUGGAAUUGGUGGUGGAGUAGGAAGUGGAUUCACUGGUGGUGCCGGAUCUAACUUUGCUGGACAAUUUGACGGUGGAUUUGCUGGUUCUGUUGGUAGAACUGGAUUCGGAACAGGAGUAGGAAGCAGCGGAUUUGCUGGACAAUUUGGAAGUGGGUUUGUUGCACAAAGUGGAAAUAUCGGAGGCAUUGGAGGAGCAGGCGGUCUAAGUGGAGGACUAUCCGGGGGAUUAAGUGGUGGACUUUCUGGGGGACUAGGAGGUGGUAUAGGAGGCGGUGCAGGAGGACUUAGUAGCGCAAGUCUUUCAGCUGCUCUUCAAGGAAGUGUAAGAAGUGGAUUCGGCGGCAGGGCUGUUGGAAAAGGAUCAGCAUAUUAA